AUGGCCUCUCCCGCAGACUCCCCCGUUCACAACAUCACCACCAAGGCUCAGUUCGACGAGCUUGUCAAGACCACCCCUUACGUUGCUCUCCAGGCCCACGCCUCGUGGUGCGGUCCCUGCAAGGCCAUCUCCCCCAUCUUCAACAAGCAGGCUAAGGACCACACCUCCGAGAAAUUCGCUUUCGCCAAAUUCGACACCGACGAUGUCCCCGACCUUGCCUUUGAACUCGGCAUCCGCUCCAUUCCCGCCUUCUUCUUCUUCGAGAACGGCGACAAGGACAGCGACCUGAUGGGUGCCGUUCCUCCCAAGCUGACCGCUGCUAUCGGCGGUUACGCCGCCAAGGCCAAGGGCGGUGCUGAGGAGAAGCCUGCUGAGGAGAACACUCUCAAGACCGACGAGAACUUCUAA